UGUUGUCUUGAGAAAAGCAGCUAGGGAACUUGCAAGUGCUAAUGGAUGGAAUGGAAAUAAGGCAUUUUUUGUCAUUAUUUUGGCGUUACUCCAAGGAUUGUUGUUUGCAUUAGAUGGUUGGGUCACUGCUCUCCUAAAAUCACCCUUUAAUCAAAUGUGUUUUACCAUCAACAAGAGCGAAGGGAUACCGGAUGAGAAAAAAGAUUACAUGAUUACCAAGGCAACUGAGUCAAACGAACAUU